AUGCACAGAGGAGAUGAUGACAGCAGUGCCCCCAGUUGCCUGAAUGUUAGAUCUGCUUGCCUGCUGGGGGUCUGGUUCAAAGCAGGAACUACAAAGACAAAUGCCACUGGAAAAUCCUUCACAGUCAGGAGUAGUCUCAAAUUGCGUGUGGACAGACGAGAUGAUGGCGUCGCCUACACCUGCCAUGUGGACCACGUGUCUCUGUCCAACCCUUACAUGACCACUGAGGUCCUGGAGGUCCACUAUGCUCCCCAUCUGGAGAUCGCAAAAUCAUUGAUUAUUCCACAGGAAGGGCAAUACUUCAAACUGGAGUGUGUUUCCAUAGGCAACCCAAUACCUGAACCAGUGCUGUGGUCUAAAGAUGGAGGGGAGCUGCCAGACAUCGAGCGUAUGAUUGUGGAGGGCAGGGAACUAACCAUCACCACACUAAACAAAACAGACAACGGCACAUACCGCUGCGAGGCGAGCAACCACCUGGGGACCGACAGUGCUGAAUAUAUACUGUUUGUAUAUGCCAAAGACUUUCCAGGGCCUACAACAGGUAAAUAUCUCUCUAGCAGUCAUUGCAAGCCAGAUUAACAGUAUGUGAUGCUGGAUCUGGAUUUGGGUCAGGACACAUCA